AUGUUCCUCAAAGUAGAGUUCGUUGUCUUAUAUUCCCUUGCCUCUGGCGUAUCGAAAUUAAACUGCCCCGAGAGCGAUCAAGACCCGUUUCACAAUGACCCCAACGCGAACCUUCAGAAUAAUCCCAGACAGGGGAGAUCACCACUGCCGCAAACCGCUCUGCCUUCGACAGGACCAACGCCACUAGCUUUCACCCGGCAAGACCUAUCUCCAAACGCGUAUCAGGCACCGCCUACAACGACACAAGAUCAACGGCGCACGUUCACCCAGGCCUUCGGUUCUGGCGAUCACUAUUCCCAAGCCCAUGGCAACCCAUGGCAACGACAUGUCAACACCCCAACACGAGUGGGGAUGGUGACGCCAACACGGCAAGAACGAGAUACGCCGUUUCAACGACCGAUUUCUGCUUACCAGGGUGGUUCGACGGCAGUUUCUCCAUUUGGAUUCACCGGCCUCGCUGAUGUCCCCCAGUCGUCGUUGUUUACAUACGGAUCAAUGUCGCAACGUCGCGUGGACGUCCAAGCACCCAUUUACCGUCAAUCUCAACGUAUUCCGAUGUCGCAGAAUUCGACAAACCGCAAUGUCGAGACAGAACUGCGCGAUGAAAUUGCAAUCCUGCGCGAAGAAAGUGCAAGUCUGCGCGAAGAAAAUGCAAGCCUGCGCGAGGUGAUGGCGGGCAUGGAUGAACGACAGGCGGCGGCCGCAGGAGAUAUUGCUGCCCUGUGGCGGGAAUUGCGACGACGGAGAUGA